ACUCAGUUUGCCAUUUGCCUCAAGUAUGACGCUCAACCUCGUCGUCGGUGCCUUUGGUCUUGGUGUCUUGUACGCGGGCGAGUGGAUCGACUGCGCGCCGCGCUUCCUGUAUGCUCCCAAGACCAUCGACACGUCGGCGCUUGAUGCAAUCGAAAACCCUACAACGAAGGACGUCAAGCGACUCGCCUUCAUGGAGACGAGCAAGAUAAUUCAUGCCAAGGUCGAGCUCCACUCGUUCUGGCCGACCAUGGGUCUCAUGGCGCUCUUCUUCUCCUUUGCGUGUCCUGUCGAAGGUCUGCCAGUGCUUGCAAUCAUCGGUCUCGUGUGCGCGUACCCGUUCUUGCACCAGAAGCGCCAACGCCUCCUUCUGGAAAACGAAAACGAGCAGUGGGAAGACUGGGAAGAGAGUAUGCUCGCGACACUUCGUGCGAAGAAACCGGUCGCAUCUUAAAUUCUAACUAAAACAUUUCGAUUUGAUGGUACUAGCCUGAGAAAUCUAGCCACG